CUCACAGCCACACUGCAGGGACAGAACCGCCCCUGGGCUGCUGCCGGUGAGUCACAGCGUGGGAGGGCUGUGCAGUGCAGUUAGAGAGCUCGAAACAGUUAAGCAGCAUCCGUCUGUGUGUGUGUGCACUAUUGCUUUUGCCUCUCCUUAGCUCUCCCACUGCUGCUCUUUGGAGCUGAGCCCUUCGCCCAGCUGUAGGUGCCGUGUUUGUUCCCAAAGGGAACUCGGAUGGCUCUCUGGGCUGGCCGUGCCAGGGGCCGGUUUCAGCAGCACGGUGCGUAGGCCUGCAUGGAACAAGUUGGACUUCCAGCUGCCUGCCUGCGCCCUCGGUGCCUUCUGACGCUGCCCGGGGUGGCCGCUGGCCAUGCUGCUGCUCCUCACUGUGCCUCGGCCUCCGUUCCUGAUGGACAAAGCCAGGACUGACAGCUGCUGCUGUGAACUUGAAGCCAAGAAGGCUUGCGACUGGCUGCGAGCGGCGGGAUUCCCGCAGUAUGCCCAGCUUUACGAAGACUCGUUGUUCCCUCUUGACAUCGGCGCUGUGAAGAAAGACCACAGUUUCCUGGACAAGGAUUCUCUCAAAUCUCUCUGCAGGAGGCUGAUGACCCUGAACACAUGUGCCUCCAUGAAGCUGGAAGUCCACUUUCAGCGUAAACAGAAUGAAGACUCUGAGGACGAGGACCUGUGCGCCAUCAGUGACCGGUGGGCUUUCCAGCGGGACAGCAAGAGGUGGUCCCGGGUGGGCUCUGCUGAUGUCCUCUCCCAGGCCUCCGAGGUCCCCACCUCCAGCGUGCGGCAGGCGUCCAGCCAUGAGAGCGUCCUCACUGACCUCAGCACCAACCCAGAGGCUGUGUCCCUUCACAGCAGUGCCAGCAUGGGCAGCACACUCGGUGUCGCAGCCACACCACCUGACCUGUCCCCUGGCCACGGCGCUGCUGUCACCCAGCCCGCCUGCAGCCCCAGCAGCUGCUCCUUGGCCAAGCAGCCCUUGAACCAUGGCGAAGGUUCCAAGGAGAAGCCAAAGAAGCGGAGAUCUCGCAGCUUCCUGAAGAGGAUUGAGUCGCUGCGAAGGAAGGACAAAGAGAAAGCUGGCCCAGAUGAGAAGGAUGUUCCUCGCAGCGAUGUCGUGGCCAGUCCUGGCUGGGACUGCGCAAAGAAUAAUGGGGACCUCCCAGCCACCAAGGCCGGCUCCCCUAAAAGAGGAGUAUCUGCCUCUUUCCAUGGCAAAAAACGCUUCUUCUCAGUGUCAUACAGGACUAACCGCUUGGUGGGCUCAGGCAGAGGCAAGGUGGGCUCUGACCCAAAACGCAGCGGGCUCCACCUGGAGGCCUAUCAGACAGCCGCAGAGCCCAGUGGUGACUGGGCUGCAGGACAAUGCCAGCACCGGCAGGCGUGCCGUGGGGACUGCCUGGUAUAUGUUCCCAGGGACCACAAGCCGGGCACCUUCCCCAAAUCCCUCUCCAUUGAGAGCUUGUGCCCCCUGGGCAGCGGCUCCUUGAGCAGCUGGAAGCCGGGAGCCAAGCCUGGGGGUCUGCUGGGGGGCUGUGGCAGCAGCAGCAGUGCGGAGGGCUCGUCCUCCCCGCAGGGCUUUGCCUGCCGCCGCCGCGGUUCCUGCAGCUCCCUGGGCAGCCGGGUGAGCGUGUACGACAACGUGCCCGAGUUUGGCAGCGCUGAGGAUCUCUGCAAGGGAGAUGAGGAGGUGACCUACGAGAACCUGGACGAUAUCCUGCAGCACAUGUGGGGGCUGCAGCAGAAGGUGGAGCUCUGGUAUAAAGCCAUCUCCCCCGAGCUGGUGGGGGAAGAAGGGGGCGAGGAGGAAGAGGAGGAGGAGGAAGAAGAGGAGACAGACUCGGGAGGGGAGCCCACCUUCCCCUCCAACCUGCACCUUGAGGAGCGCUCCAUGUCAGACGUCGGCACCUCUGCCAGUGACUUUGACAGCACGGGCAACUCCCUGAACGAGGCCGAAGAGCUGGAGAUGCGGGAGCGCCCACAGAGGAGGCAAGCUCCCCCCAUGCCUUUGAGGAAAGGCAGCAAAGUGCUUCCCCAGCAUCCUGCACAGCAGUGCUACUGCUACAUUCCAUCUGUGUGCAUGGAGGGGUCUGUGCUGCAGCCUCUGCUCAGCACCGGCUGA